AUGGCUACCAAACCCUACCCCCACAUUCUCAUCAUAGGUGCUGGCAUGAGUGGUCUCACGCUUGCCCAUCAGCUCCGGAAGAACAACAUCUCCUUUUCCAUCUUUGAGCGUGACCCGACCACUGACUCCCGGACUCAGGGCUGGGCCCUGUCAUUGUUCGGCCCAGCCCUCGCGGACCUGGAAGCCUCGAUGCCUCUGGGCGAGUUGGGACCCGUUGACAAGACAAGUCAUCUGCUCCCUCUAGGUCUCCCGGCCCAAUUUGUCUUCUACGACAUCACGAGACCCGAGCAACGACUUGGCGUCAUCAGCGACGACAGCGGCAAGAUAGUGCGUGCCAACCGGCAGAGGCUGAGGGAUUGGCUGCUCCAGGGCAUCAACGUGCAGCUCGGAAAGCGACUAGUGAGAGUCGACGAGGACGAUGACCAAGUCACCGUGCACUUUGCCGACGGCACCUCAGAGUCCGGUGACAUACUGGUGGGCGCCGAAGGGACACGCAGCGUGGUUCGGAACCACAUUCUGCGCGGCCAGGACGUCAUGAAGCCUCUCGCGCUCGGCUCGCUCGUGGGCGAGGUCGAGCUCAGCGGCGACGACUUUGCGCACCAGCUCACCCUGGCCCACUCGGGCUACAUCGUCAUGAACUCUACCCUGGGCAGUGAUGAUCAGAGCGCCGUCUUCGCCGCCUUGAACAAGGUCAGUGACGAUGGGAAGACUGGGUACUACUACUUCAUCCUUCUCUGGGUUGACAAGCAAGCCCCCAACACUACCGACGAUAAUCCCACCUGGACGGUCGGGGCGUCACAGGAGGAGCUGGCUGCAUUUGCUCGCGAGAAGACCCAGGCGUACCCCGACCACCUUCGCGUGCUUGUGGACAAGGUCCCCGUCGGGGGAUACAGAAGCCCUGGAUUCCAGCUCCAAGGGGUGCAGCUGACAGCCGACCAGCUGCCUGCUGGCAAGGUCAUGGUAAUUGGGGAUGCAGCGCAUUCCAUGACACCCUUCCGUGGCGAGGCUGGUGUCUGCGCCUUCACUGACGCACUCAAGUUCGGGCGAACCCUCACCCGGGUUCGAGAUACGCAGUCCAAGGUGGAGGAGCUCAAGAAACUCUUGACUGAGUUUCGCGAUGAUAUGCUCGUGCGCGGAGACUGGGCUAUCGAGGUGUCGAAUCCAGUUUUGGAGGAUUACGGCAGAUACAGCAAUUACAAGUUUGGCACAUUUGGAAAGGAUGCCGUGCCAAUGGCAAAGGAGAACAUUGCAAUAUAG